GCUUCCUGUUUACAUAUUUCUGAACGAAACGUACUUCAAAAUGUUUCAGCUAAUAUUUUUACAUGGGAAUCGCAUGUUUUAGACAUUUCAUAAUAAAAAUACAACUAGUUUAUUGUAAACAAAAUAAAAUAUGCGUUUUUUGACCUUGUGUCCUUCUAAUCAGCAAUCGUCAUGACGGAGGUCGCUAGGUCAAGGCCAAACACGCUACACCCGCAUUCCAGAUCGUUGUUGGUGUUUGACGGAACAAAAGCAGAAUUUAAGAAGCAGAUAUUGUCCAUGCAUUGAUAACUUUGUACUAACUUUGUACAAGAUACAUCAGUGUAAGGAACUGAUUCCUGAACAGUGAUAUUUUAAUCAAAGAAAAAAGUUGAUAUGGAGCAAAAGAUAAGUCACUUGUUGAAGUCGGCUAUUAUCUCACUCUGUACCCAGCAUUACACAGAGAAGUUGGAGGUGGAUGGUAUAAUUUGCAUCUCUUCACAACAGACAAACCUCCAACAUGUCAUCAAGGUCCACCAGACCAUAGAUCCCAGCAAUUCUCAUUAUCAUGAAGGAGUCCCUCGAGAUUCCUCACCAGCACCUGCUCCCAAGUCAGGAGCUCCUUGGAUUGGACAACAGAAAAAGGGAGGAAUAUCUGCAGAAAAAAUAAAAUCCAGAAAACGAUCCAGAAAUGCGGAUGACAGUGAUCCAGACUUUAAUUGUAAUGUAACAAACAGUGUUGACAAUUUCCCCACAAUUGUGAAGCAACUUCAUAAACGAAAAUCCAGGACACAGAAGAUCAGUACUUAUACAGAAUAUGAUACAGAGGGGUCAGAUAGUCCAGGCUAUGGGUCUGAUGCACAGGAUGGACGGUAUGGGGUUAAUGACGGCAGUAUGAGAGAGGAGCCCAUGGGAUCUGCUUCUGUCUUGCUGAAGUUAUUGGCAAAGCCUCACAAAAGAUCAAUGAUGGCAAACCAGUCUAAUUCAAUGAAUCCAAGUAUUGAAAUGGUCAAUUUAGAGGGAAUACCAAAAGUUGGAAUGGAGUAUCAAAUAAAACUGAAUGAUGGCUCUGUAUCCAGCAAAGAACAUGUCUCUCAAGAUGAGGACGCAUCAACAACAUCUGAAAUCCCAGCAGUGAAAGAGGAGCCGAUUUGGGAUGGAGAAUAUGGGGGAAUGGACCAACAAAAUCAGAAUGGUAUUUCUGAUGAGAGCAAGAGAAUUGACAGUUCUGCUGGAACUAACUCUGAUGCAUCCUUAGAAAGAAACUCCAUUUUAAUGAAAAUUCUGGAAGGAAAAAGUUUGAGAGAAGCUUACAAGGCAGAACAACAUUCCUCACCUGGUCUGCCAGUUCAAAACUCAGAUGAAAAAUCCAAGUCCGCAGAGCAGGAUAACUCCUUAUUAUAUCGCUUGCCUUUUGUUUCAUUCCAAGAUCUUUUCCCACAGAAUUCUCAAGAUAUUUUACCCAAUGAAAACAACAGCACAGCAAAAGGUGGACUUAAAAAGCCCCUAACUCUGCAAACUCUUGAGUAUACAAAAACAACUUCUGCUCAAUCAUCUCAUGGUAAUUCCAACACACAGACCGAGAAAACAUCUCCUGAACAGAAAUAUUCAACACGUCUCUCAUCUGGAAAGAAAAAUCCCAUAAGUUAUCAGGAAAUGCUGGGAACUGUGAGUUACAGCUCAGACGAUGAAAAAGAUCAAGGAGAAAAAGAUGCUGAUGAAGAAAUGUACACACCACAGCAGUCUGAGUACCAGACAAUGAAUCAAGAAUCUGACAUAUCAGAAAAUACAACAGGGGCUAAGCGACGGAAAAUGGGACCAAGGUGUAAGGUCAAUGUUAAACAUGAAGAGUCCAAGGGUACCAAUGGAGGGGUCACUGAAAAGCCCAAACCUACAGUGGUUUGUAGUAAUGAUCGAUUUGAAUGCAGUAUUUGUGGGCGGAUAUUCAGUAGUCGAGCUUUACGUGACAUGCAUGAAGAUGCAGAGCGUGCUGAACACUUCUUUAAAUGUCCACUAUGUGAUGGGUUUUUUGGAAGUGAGGAGUCAAAACUAAUUCACAUGCAAGAUAGACAUGGGAUAGCAACAAAAGAAUUUGCAGAAGAGAGAGCUAUUAAGAAAGUUGCUGCAUCAAAAAAUAAAUCAUUAGCAAAGAGGAAGGAAGCACUGCAGAUGAAGAAGUCAAUUCUAAGUCAAGAUGAGAAUAGAGAGGAUUAUGCAGAUAGAGAUUCAAAGGAGAGCAGCCGUGACUCAUUCUCUAUAGAUAUUAAGCAGGAGAAAACCGAGGAAUACACAAUAGAGUGUGACAUGUGUGACAUGAAAUUCUUGGGACAAGACGAACUUAAAGCGCACACUCAAUCCUUUCAUGGAGCGGUUUGAUGAUUGUUCAUUGUCUUAUGACACAAUGUGCUAAAUUGUUAGUAUUUUGCUGUAUGAUUGAGUGACGUACUGAUGUCUAUACUAGUAGCUGGUUCCCAUGUUGUGAUAUUUUUUGAUAUGUAUCACACUUGCUGGGUUUUUUUUUAUUAUACAUGUGUGUUUUACAAGGUUAAAAGAUUUAUCGAUAUGAAUAAGUACAAGAUGGACAGUAUUGUGAUAUUUGGCUAUAGAGGAGACUUGGGUAUUGUGACAGUUUUAUGUUCUGUUCAUGAGUAGUUGCUCUUGACGUUUGCAAGAAAAAUGUGAAUGUGUUUGGUUUUUUUUUUUACUAGUGUGUGUGUGCAUGUGACCAGUGUUAUGUGACCAGUGUCAAUCUCAUACAGUGUCCAAAAAACCCCAAACCAACCACAUAUUUUGCAAAAGCAAGUUCAAUGAUACUCGUUCUUCUUUGAAAAGACUACUUGAUUGUUCACUUUGCCUACUGGGACAUGAGUUUACUUGGAAACAGAUUAUCUGAUUUUCAUGAAAUCAGAUCAUUUAAGAUUUUCUUGAUAUUAGAACCAGAAGUUCAUGAAAGAUGAAUGGCAAUUUAAUACUGAUAUAUUUUACCUGUCAUAAUUUUAUCUGAUAUCUCCUAUUUGCAAAAGUGCUGAGUUCACUCUAUCCCAGUGUAAUUAUCAUACAGAAAAUGUGAAGUUAAAGUAGAAGUACUUGUUUAAUGGAAAGAAUCAUUUCAAUAUGGUACUUACCACUAGAAAACUUCAAAAUAUGUGGCAUUCAUUUUGAACAUCUCUAUAACAUUCCAUACAAAAGAUUUUUUUAGUUUUUUAUAAAUUUUUUGACAUUUAAGUUACAUUUAGCUUAUCUUUCAAUACUUUAUACUUUGUGUUCUAAAUCUUUCUGUCAUUUAUGUUGUAAUUUAUAUACAUGGUAUGAUUUGCGUCCAUAGUGUUCAUGAAUUAUACAAUUUUUGUCUAAAAAAAGGUCAUCUGGAAUGACUGUACAGAACUUAUUUUGCAAGUUUGAGAGUAUGGGGUCAUCUUGUGUCAUUAAGGAGGGAGUGUGUGAGAUGUCAUCUUGUUGUGUCAUUAAGGAAAGACUGUGUGAGAUGUCAUCUUGUGUCAUUAAGGAGGGAGUGUGUGAGAUGUCAUCUUGUUGUGUCAUUAAGGAAAGACUGUGUGAGAUGUCAUCUUGUGUCAUUAAGGAGGGAGUGUGUGAGAUGUCAUCUUGUUGUGUCAUUAAGGAGGGAGUGUGUGAGAUGUCAUCUUGUGUCAUUAAGGAGGGACUGUGUGAGAUGUCAUCUUGUUGUGUCAUUAAGGAGGGACUGUGUGAGAUGUCAUCUUGUGUCAUUAAGGAGGGAGUGUGUGAGAUGUCAUCUUGUUGUGUCAUUGAGGAGGGACUGUGUGAGAUGUUGGUACCUUUUACUAAGCGUGAUUUGAAGGGUUUGACAUAAAUACAGGGUAAGGUAGACUUGUAAUACACAUUUUUGAACAAGUUUAAGGAGAUGUAGUUCCAAUCAAAAUUCUCAUAAAUGAGAAUGAUAGAGUGUAUGUAAUAAUGUAAUAAAACUGUGGUGUUAAAUACUUAGAAUUUUGCCAUUUGUAGGAAAAAUUGCAAUUAGUGUAAAAUCAUGUAGAAAAAAAUUAAAAACCCUGUGGUACUUGAAAGCACAAUCUACAAAUUGUGACUGUGACAUGUACUUACGGAGGAAAGAAUAUCACCAUCAUAAGACAUUGAGUAUAUUGCAAUAUGUAAACUUUCCAAACUGAAUUUUGUGUAAAAAAAAAUCUGAAAUACCGGUAAUGUGUGACCACCCAUUUUCCGGUUCUGGUCAUGCCUGGAUUAGACAAGUUUCAUGAUAUCCAACAGCAUAUUUAGACAUAAUAAAGCAACUACAAAAAACUUUCGAUGAUUGAAACUUUUUUUGUUAUACAAAUAGCGUUAUUUGAUGAUGCCUGUGUAUUUCAUGCAAAUAUGAGAUUGAGUAGACAAUUUGUAAUGCUUGUACAUAUCUAUAUAUAUACAUUAUGAAAGUUAAGAUAUUUUGUCAAGAAUGUAUUUGUUUUAGAGAUAUAAUCAUAUGUACAGAUUUGUAUAGAUAUAUACAGAUGAAUAUUGCAAUUGCUCCUUUUCAGUGAUUGAGAUAUUUUGGAGAAAUGUAAAUAUAUCAAGUUUUAACUCAGCCUGCCAAUGCAGUACAUGAAUUUUUAACUCAUUAAAUGCCCUUUGUCUAUAUAUGUACGUGUAUAAAUAUAUUGCAAUUUUUUUGGGUGAUAACUUUAAAAAAUGAUUGAUUUUAUUUGAAGGAAAAUUAUUAGUAUUCAGAAUUUUAUUAAAGAUACUCUGUUAACAUUGA